CAAAGCGGCAGAGAGCUGCCUGCGCAUGUCAAGGCUAGCAACACAUUCAGCCAAGGGGUGUCCCUGGAGAGGGGCAGCUUGAUCACCCAAUCGCCCAGCAUCGGGGCUUCGCAGGAUCCAGGGACGCGCCCCGCGGAAGGGGGUCCCUCCCUCUACCCAGCCUCCACCUCUGAGAUCGCCAGCCCCACCGAAGCUCCCGCCUCUUUCCACGCCUGGAGGACCUCAUGGGAGCCCGGGGCUACUGUGUACAGGACUGAAGUGGAACAAAUUCUGUAGCCCAGACGACGGCUGGAGUGGGGACACGCCCAGCUGGAGAAGCCUGCCCGGCCGUAGAAGCCCGAGAUUCUGAGUCUCGGUGGAUCGAAGUUGCUGUCCCUAGGGGAGGCGAGAGAAGGUCCGCUCCCUUAGGGGCAGUUAAUCCCUGAAGGUUUCCUCGAAAGAAUCAGAGGGCUCAGUCCUUGACAGAGAUCCUCUCUGCUCAGCUCCAGAAACCACUUACGGGAAAAGAUGCCUGCCUUCAACAGAUUGCUUCCCCUAGCUUCUCUAGUGCUCAUCUACUGGGUCAGAGUCUGCUUCCCUGUGUGUGUGGAAGUACCCUCGGAGACAGAAGCCGUGCAGGGCAAUUCCAUGAAGCUGAGAUGCAUCUCCUGCAUGAAGAGGGAGGAGGUGGAGGCCACCACUGUGGUGGAGUGGUUCUACAGGCCUGAGGGCGGUAAAGAUUUCCUUAUAUAUGAGUAUCGAAAUGGCCACCAGGAGGUGGAGAGCCCCUUCCAAGGUCGUCUGCAGUGGAAUGGGAGCAAAGACCUGCAGGACGUAUCCAUCACUGUUCUCAAUGUCACUCUGAAUGACUCUGGCCUCUACACAUGCAAUGUGUCCAGGGAGUUUGAGUUCGAGGCACACAGGCCCUUUGUGAAGACCACAAGACUAAUACCCCUGCGAGUCACUGAAGAGGCGGGAGAAGACUUCACCUCCGUGGUCUCGGAAAUCAUGAUGUACAUCCUCCUGGUCUUCCUCACCUUGUGGCUGUUUAUUGAGAUGAUCUAUUGCUACAGAAAGGUCUCUAAGGCUGAAGAGGCAGCUCAGGAAAAUGCGUCUGACUACCUUGCUAUCCCAUCAGAGAACAAGGAGAACUCUGUGGUACCCGUGGAGGAAUAACGUGCUGUGACCUGAGCAAUCUCGUCCUUCGGGUACUCUACGUUAAUGGUCACAUCACAAUGCUCUCUAUUACGUCAAACCCUUCAGAAGCUGAAUCACUUUGGCCUGAAUAUUGAGCAACCCAAACCCCUUGCUCAUGAUAACAAAGGCAUAAUAAUUCUCUCAUUCCCUGUUUCCUCUGUAUGUGUUUGGAGAGGGUUGCCCUGGACAUUCUCAAUGAGUUCUUCUAUUGUUGGUGGGUGAUCUGAGUGCUGAGCGACUGGCUAUCUCCAGUUCAGCGAUGCCAGCAACAUCAGGAAGUGCCCCAGGUGUCCCAAUACAUCCAUCUUUUUAUUCACCAACCACCCACCCAACUGUGAGAUUUUUACCUGACUUCUGAACUCUAUCAGAACUCCUAUACAUCUUGACCUUGCCUGAACUGAAGAGCCAACAUCUCUCCAUGGACUAAACCUCACUCUAUCCUUGCUUCCAAUCAAGUAGCUCCCAACUCAACUAGAGUUGUCCCCUGUGCUCCAAAUGACUUUAGAUAAGUACUGGAGAAUAGUAUUCUCUGUGUCCUGUCUCCAAUUGGGUUGUCCUCCACUGCAGCAAAAGGAUGAAUGUAUAUUGGAAGGAAGCCCUGAUUAGUUUGUUUAAAAGCCAAAGUGUGCCACUCACUUUGAUUCAUUGAAGUCAUUCUUUUCCUGCCUCUUAGAACACAAGAGAGCAGCAUGCCCCUAAACUUUCCAGAGACAUCUUCUGUGUGCACUGGAAUACAUUCUGGAGCUCAGUGUUUCGAGGCUAUAUCUCCAUAAUCCCAAAGGCUUGGAACAAACCCAGAACCUCCAAGAAGCCAAGGAAGGAUCCAGGACGAUUUCAGUAGGUCUUGAAAGCGAUAUAACACUCCCGAGAUUGGAAACAUGGAUGAUUGAAUUUUCUGGAUUGAAAUGCCUCCGUUCUUCAUUUCUCAGUGUCUGUGGAUCAGUAUUAGUCUUCAUUUUACAGGAGGCAUCUGAGACUCACACAAGCCUGAACAGGAUAUUGAGGGGAUUAAACUGGACGAGAGAUGAGUUUCAGGACUCCACUCUUAAACUCCCUAAGCUGAAAGAUGUUUCUGAGGACUCUUAACAUUCAGCAGGGCAGUAGCAUGGCAUUUGUCCAGCAGAGGCUACAGGUGACAUGAGAUAGACUUUAGGAUUUCACACAAAGAUUUGUGAAUCUGAAGCAUCCUCCAAGAGACACGGCACCUGAGGGCAAUAGCUAUAUGGCGAAAAAUGGUUUUAGUCUGAAAUGGACAAUGAACAAAGAGACAAAGAUAGGUGUGUAGCUUCUAAAUACCUCACCUGUAGAUGUCAUGUUUGGGUAUUGGUGUUUGUAAAGUCCCCCACCCCUACCCUCAUCCCCACCCAAGAGAGCAGGGAACAAGUGACAAGAUUCUUAGUCAAUAUCUCUUUUUUAAUGACUGUUCUAAGUGCAAUAUUCUUUAGCCCCUACAGAUAGCAAGGGCAGGAGGCCUUAUGGUAUAUAAAAAGAUGCAAGUGAGACUCAGUAAGAGAAUUGUCCUCACUCUGAGGAGCUCUAUAAGAAAGACCCUUCUCCACCCUCAUCGGACUUUGUAUGGCAAGCUCCCUUUUCACCCACAUCGUUUCCUUCUUUGUGGAUGUCAGACAUCCGCUUUGGGACUCCCAUCCCACUCUUUUUUAUCUGGUUUGUUUGUACAUGGGGGUUUUUCCAGAAACACAAUUGCAUUUGCUUAUGGGAGAUCAUGACUAUGACCUACAAGGUAUGGCACUCACCAGCCAACUUAAAAUCUUCACCAUCUCCAUCUUCUUCCCAAUCUUCUACUUAGAAUCCCAGACUAGACGUGUGCAGCUCUGGAGCCUUUCCUGGUGUGCUACUGCUUACUAAAGGGCUUAGAAGAGUUCUCAAGGGCUAUAAUCCUCUAGAAACCCCACUGUUUGUCUUGGUGCUGGGUAUUUGCUGUGACUGAUUCUCAAUAAUUUACUGAAGGUCAAACUAAGCUGAGUCUAAUUUCCCCUUUAUUACUGUCUAACAACUGUGAACUUGGUUACUCGGUUGCGCCUGAAAGCAUCUUGCCCUGUUGACUUGGAGUAUCAGCGAGGUGUUGGAUCAAGCCCCAGUCCCUAAGUGGAAAGACUCAGUGCUUGCUAUCUCAGGCUUUCAUUUCAAUCUGUUUACACAUUAUUCUUUGGUUCCUCUACUCUCGAUUAACUGCACACCCAUGCUUUCCUUUUGAGUUUCUGGGUUUGCUCUAGACAUCAAAAUAGAAUUGCAAGUAGAAAGGGAAGUUUUCAGAGCAAGAUUAUGCUGAGAAAGACAGAAGUGGGCUUAAAAGUGGACAGGGCUAAGGUGAUAGCCCAAGAGGUAAAGUGCUUGCCACGCCAGCAGGAGAGUCUCCGUAUGAUCUCUAGAAUCCAUGUGAACAGCCAGACAUACAUUAUGGCACACGUUGGUCAUCCCAGACCUGGGGAGGCAGAGUCAGGAAGAUCUGAGACUCGCUAACCAGGUCACCAGGCCAAACUUACUUACUUGGCAAGCUCCAGGAGAGUGAGAGACCGUCUCCAAAAACAAAACCAAAAAACCAACAAGGUGGAUAGUGCCUGAGGAAUGACACCCAAGGUUGACUUCUGGCCUCCACAUAUACAUGCACACAAGUUAAGGCCCAUAAGCAUAUUUACAUAAAGAUGCACACGCUUGUGCCUGUGUAUGUAUGCAUGUGUGCGAGCGCGUGUGCACGUGUGCACGCGCGCACGCACGCACACACACAGAAACAGAGAGAGAAAGAGACAGAGACCUUCCUCUCACUUGUUUUAUAAAUGAGAAAGCCCUGGUUCUGUGAAUUCACUCAGUCAAUGCAAAUGUAUGUAACCAGGACCUUGGUGUGCCUACGCAUCAUUCUGAUCAUCUACUCACAUUGUUCAACACUCUCUGUGUCGAGCACUAGGUUAGGCUCCAGAUAGACCCCUUGGUUUUAGGUCUGUAAAAGUGUGCAAGCAUGUGUGUGCGCGCGCAUGUGUGUGUGUACACUAGUGCACAGGCACAUGUUUCCAAUAAAGUCUCUCUGUUCAUGUCAAUAAAGUGUCUCUGAAGACCACUUGC